CAUUCAACGCCGCAUUCCUCACAACAUCGAUGAGAUAACACACAUUCUUAACCAUGGCUCCGCCAGCUCCAACAAAUAAACCCGGGUCCCUUCUCUCCCCGUCGCAUUACGAUGACGACGCAUCGAGCAUCCACAGCGAGCGCAGCGAUCAGGACACUGAUAGCGAAGACGACGAGGUCCUAAUGGGUGCCCGAACGAGCGCCGAUAUCAGAGCACACGAUCGAAAUGUAUUGCUAGAGGAAGAGGAACGGGAUAAAUUGCUCGAAGAGAGUCGGCGACGGGGACGCAGAGGGAGUGCUCUCGUAAUGCCAGCACCGCUGAAGAAGCUGUUCUCAAAGAGCUUCACAGAAUUGCCUAUGGCAGGGAGCUCAGAACAGGAAGAGAUUCCUGCGGAAAAGAGCUCGGAUAAGAGGAAACGGAGGAGAGAGAGGAGGAGCAAGAGGAAAGAGAGACUGAUGGAUGAGGCCUCGCAUGGUGAAGAUGGGGAAUUGAUGUACGAGAUGGAAGAAGGUGGUAUGAAGGAAGGAAGUGCUACUGGAUCUAGCAGCGACAACGAAGGUAGCGAUGAAAUCGACCGACGCGGACUGCGGAUAUUACACGAUGAGAAGUCACAGAGGAGACGGAGAUGGAGGACCUGGUUAUUCAUACAUUCGUUGAUUGCUGUUGGGUUCUCGAUUCUGGUAUUGGUGGCCUGGAAAUUGUCACUGCACAGGAAAUCAGCCGUACCAAUCCAGACGAUGCUGAGCAAUGGGACGGCUUUAUUUGCACCUACGACGAUUCUGAUCAGUCUGGAUGGAUUUCGAGCAGAUUUCUUGAACAGAGGAAUUACGCCGAGAUUGAACGCUUUCAUCAAGGAGGGCGUGUCACCAGUAUAUAUGAAUCCGAGCUUUCCAUCGGUGACCUUUCCGAAUCACUAUACCUUGGUGACUGGAUUAUACCCAGAGUCUCAUGGCAUUGUUGGGAAUACGUUUUGGGACAUGGAGCUCAAGGAGGAGUUCUACUAUACAAAUCCUAGUGCUAUGCAAUCGAAGUGGUGGGGAGGAGAGCCACUGUGGGUGACGGCCGAGAAUCAGGGGAUCAGGACAGCUAUUCAUAUGUGGCCUGGAAGUGAAGCACAUAUCAUGGCAAUUGAGCCAGCAUUUUUGGAUGCAUACAAUGGUGCGGAGCCAUUGUCGAACAAGGUCAACAGGAUCAUGCAAUUGCUCGACAUGCCAGGCCGGGAGAAUGAAGUGGCCGAGGUUCAAGAUAUGAGACCUCAGUUGAUUGCUGCAUAUGUUCCAAAUGUGGAUGGUGAUGGCCAUCUUUAUGGACCAAACAGCACUGAGAUCAGAGUGACAAUCAAUGAUGUUGAUAACAUGUUGGACCAUGUCUUCCAAGGUCUCGAACAACGAAAUUUGACGAACAUUGUCAAUGUGGUUGUCGUUUCAGAUCAUGGAAUGGCUACAACCGAUGUCACUCGAUUGAUCCAGCUUGAAGAUCUCGUUGACACGAACUUGAUUGAGCAUACCGAUGGCUGGCCUCUGUAUGGACUUCGACCUAAGGACCCGGCACAAGUACAGUCAAUGUAUGAUGGUCUGGUUGAGAAAGCUGCCACGAAUCCUAACCUUGAUGUCUAUCUCAGAGAUGUCAAUAUGCCUGAGAGAUAUCACUUCUCGAAGAACGAGAGGAUCGCUCCUUUGUGGAUUGUGCCAAAGACCGGGUGGGCAAUUGUGACAAAAGAUGAGUUCGAUGUAGUUGAAGGCAAGGAGAAAGGACUCGUGUACCACCCGAGAGGACUUCACGGCUAUGAUCAUGAACAUCCAUUGAUGAGGGCCAUUUUCGUUGCGAGAGGGCCUGCCUUCCCCCAUGCACCCAAUAGUCGGGUCGAACCAUUUCAAAAUACAGAGGUCUACAACAUCGUAUGUGACUCGUUAGGUCUCGUACCAAAGCCAAAUAAUGGCACACUUCGCCUGCCAUUGAAGCCAAUUGGUCUCCACUCGCCAGACACUGCACUCGAAGAUCCAAAUGAUCCACCGACAUCAACACCAACACCAUCACCGACACCAUCUCCAUCCGCGACUUCAGAAGAAGAAGCCGCUGAUGCAGUGAUCUCCAUCUCACCCAUCGAAGCGAGCUCAGCAGCCGAUUCCAACGAAAUUCCACCUCACAUGGUAGGCGUUGACCCCAUUGACGACACGAAUGUCGAUAGACCAGUCGUUCCGGACGAGAGCGAGAUGACGCAGGAGGAGAAAGACUUCUGGGAAUGGUUCAAGGCUAAGCUUGACGGUUUGAAGGGAUGGUUUGGAGAGUUGCUGAGUGGAGAUAAAGAUGCUGAGACGGGUGAGAGGAGGUAAUAUGUAUAUUUUCGAUACCAUUGACUGUGGGUUUGGCGUUAGCGUUGGCGUUUUGGGUUGGACCUUACUGGGAGGUUUGUCUUCCAAGUUCAAAUGGAUGAGCGAGUUCUUGAAGUAUUCGUUCCGCACCCAGGUACUUAAUAUUUACUUCCUGGUCACCAACGCUGAGGAGUAACUUUUUCAUACAAAUUUUGCGCUUACUCCCAUAGGCUCCAAG